AUCUCUCCCUUUCGUUUUGUUAGGGUUCCAAAAGCAACAAUCCUAUCACGAUCUCAAGUUUUCCGGAUAUCGUUUUCGAUUCAGAUAGGGUUUUCGCCUCCUGCUUCAGUUCAAUUUGUGAAUUCUUUAAAUUAUCCUUUAAAGACAAUCAAAGGGAUCAGGUUCGUCUUAUAAUAGUAACUGUUAAGUAGUCUGUUUGCGACUCUGAGAAAAUAUGUCAAGUGGUGGACCAGUGAGGAGGGUCUCUCGGCAAGAUAUACAGCUGGUGCAAAAUCUUAUAGAACGAUGUCUUCAACUCUACAUGAACCAAAAGGAAGUAGUUGAAACUCUACUGGAUCAGGCAAAAAUCGAGCCUGGUUUUACAGAACUUGUUUGGCAAAAGCUUGAGGAAGAAAAUCGAGAUUUCUUCAAGGCCUAUUAUCUCAGGUUAAUGGUGAAGCACCAAAUAAUUGAAUUCAAUAAGCUACUCAGACAACAGGUGGAGUUGAUGCAUCAGAUGCAUCCAACUGGGGUUGCUUCAAUAUCUACUUCUAAUGGAUCUCAUAUCUCACCAAUGCCUCAGAACUCAGCCUGUUAUGCCCCGGAGAAUACAGGGCCAGCUUUAAAGAAAGAGGAUUUACCCCACCCCAUUGCUUCCAGUUUGCCCAAUGUAUUUAGUAAUGGUAGUUCAUCCUUGCAUGCUGGUAUGCAUACUACUAUAGAAAUACCUGGCCAUCCCAGCAGGGUUGAUGCCCCAACAGCCAUGCUUUCAAGUCAGGGCUCAAACAUGGCUCUGAUGCAGGGAAUAAAUGGUGGAAUUGUCAAAUCUGAACCGGGUUUUGCAGGCAGCACACCUUACAUAUUUGGUGCUGAAGGCAAUGUCCUGGAGGCACGCCCGCCAAUUGGGGAUGCAUCUGUUGCAUCAUUUAGUAGUGUAGAGUCAAGCUCGCAACCCCUGAAUGAACCACUUCUGGAUCCAGACUCAUUUGGAAUUUUAGGUCAGAUUCCUCGGAGCUUCAGUUUAUCAGAUCUAACAGCUGACUUCUCCCAGAGUUCAGAUAUACUGGAGAGCUACCCUAGGUCACCAUUCCUGGCAACAGAUAAUGACAGUUUCUUUGAUUCUCGUGAAAGAGAACAUCAAGGAGACAAUAAAAGGUUGGACACCAUACAAGAAAGCUUGAGUUUUGAUGAUUAUGAUAAAUGACCAUCCCCAACAACUUAACGGUUCAACUGCUACCUUUGUGUACAUAUCAUUUUAGAAAUCCACUUCUUGAUUGGUCUGUAGAAACUUUUUUUGUUUUUUAGCCGAAAAACGCAGGUCUGUAGAAACUCGCUGACCUCAUUGUGCAGUGACAAAUAUUCAAUAGGAGCACUACGGAAUGGAAAAGGGUUCAAAUAAUUGACCAUACAUAGUUUUCCUGUGAUCAUGGGAUUAAUGUUAAAGACGUUUGGUUGUGAAUCAUGAUGCUUAUGAUCUUGUUGUGGUCGUGGUUAGAUAUGGUAAUUUGUUGUCUUGUGGACCGUUAUAUUCUUUUCAUUUGAAGCGAGAAUGAUAUUUUUAUAGAUAAUAAUAACAUCGUUUGUGUUGGGCUUUGGAAUAUUUCAAUU